AUGCCAGCCGGCGGCGCCUCGCCCGACCUGGCGUCCUCUGAGAGGCGCACCGCGUCCAGCCCCGCGGACUGCAGCGGCGCGCGCGCGGGAGCUGGGGCCACGCGGCCGGGCCGCGCUGGCGCCCCGCGCAGCGCGAGCACUGCAGAGGCACCGCAGACCACCAGCCCAGCGAGGCGGGCCGGUAGCCUCGGCGCGGCCUCGCGACAGCCCGCGCCCGACGCCUCGGCGCGGCUGCCCGCCGAGCUGGCCCCCGCCUGCGCACACUCGGCAGCAUUGGCGCCGACCGGUGCGUACUGGGCGGCCAUGCGCCGCCUCAGCGGGUGCGGGGUCCUCCGUCUUUUCUCAGAGGAUGCCAAGGCGAAUUGA